GGGAGUGCUUGCUGAGAGACUCAUCUGCAGGGAAAUUUUGUCGGUCUCAGUCGGAACAUCAGCUCUUCGGGUACUCGGAAUGUCGUUCUGUCUCCACCUGCCGUGCAAUCGGCCGGAAUGGCUCGACUUCACCGAGCGUCGUAAUGAGCUCUACGCCGUCAUAUCUGGAACUUUGUUCGCGAUCGGAUGGUGGAUUAUAAUUGACUGCUCCGUGCAGCAUCCGUCAGACAUAAAAGCUUUACAUGCGAUCGGAGUAAUCUCGACGCUGAGUCUCGUGAUGGUCAAUCUAGUUUCAAACGCUCAAGUGCGCGGUGAGAGCUCGUACACGGAAGCGGCAUGUGGGCCAUCCGGGGCUCGGGCUUGGCUCUUUAUCGGCUUCGUCAUGGGAUUCGGAGCGCUCCUCGGCUCGACGUGGGUUCUAAUCCAGAACAGUUUCGAAGCACCGUCAGUUUCGCUAUUCCUACAGAACAGCUUUAUUUUCGCAAGCUCGAUGGCGUACAAGUUUGGCCGAAAAGAGUCAGAUUCGUGGGGAUCGUAAUCGAGUGGGAGUACGGAUUGAUCGCAAACAUGGUCUCACCCCGUCUGAUGUUGGAGGCAGUAUUCUUCUACCCACACCAAAUCAUCUUUCGCGUAAUCGUGGCUCCGGUACCUCCGGUCAUACGCGCCGCCAUCCUGGCUCGUCGUUGAAGCCUCGAAAUGAGCUAGGUCUCGACUCGUUCAAGCAUCUUCGAUUUUCCGCACGAAGGUCCCACGUAGACAAAUACUUAAUUCCUCGAGCAGGGAGUCGAGGAACAAGGUCAAUCAAUUCCAAUGAUGUAAUUUAUCCGAUGAAAGCAAGUCGCGAGGAUUUGUCAGCUCCGCCAUCUCAAUGAAAGAUCGAAUAAAAAUAGGCUUUUAUU